UCUCUCAAUGUGCCGAUCAAUCAUGCGAGACGGUGCCGGAUUCAAACUCAAUUUCCUUAGCAACGGCGUUUAUGCUGGGAUGGGAAUGGCGCUGAUGGCUUUUUCAUACGUAUUCUAGUAAAUUAUCGUACGUAAUGAAAUAAAGCAUGAAUAGACUAUCAAGAGACGACGUACUUGUACGUGCCAAGUUGGCGGAACAAGCUGAGAGGUUUCGGGACAUGUCACAAGCAAUGAAAGCCCUUGCAGAAAUGGGCACUGAUUUAACGAACGACGAGAGAAAUAUGUUCUCCUUUGGUUAUAAGAACGUUGUUGGAAAACUGAGAUCGUCAUGGCGUGUUGUUUCAAGUAUGGAACAGCAAUGUGAAGAAGAAGAGCCUUGGAAGUUUGAAAAAAUACAAAUUUAUCGUGAAAAAAUCCAAGCAGAAAUUGAGGCCACUUGCCUGGAAGUGUCUCAACUUAUUGAUAAUCAUUUGAUGAGGUUGGCCUCUAAUGAUGAAGCUAAGGUGUUUUACCUGAAGAUGAAAGGUGACUAUUUUCGCUAUCAAGCAGAAGUAGUUGGUGAUCCAGAUAGGAGGAGAAAGAUAGUUAGCACCGCUGAUAGGUCAUAUAAAGAAGCAAUCGAAGUUGCAGAAAGUUCUUUACGGCCAGUGAACCCAAUUCGACUCGGCCUCGUUUUGAACUACUCCGUUUUUUUAUAUGAAGUGAAAGCUGCAAACAAACGGGCUAUUAAGCUUGCAAAGGAAGCCUUUGAGGAGGCAUUGCAAGAGUUGGAUGCUUUCCGGGACGAUGCAUAUAAAGACUCAACCAUAGUUAUGCAACUUAUAAGGGACAAUGUCAGUAUGUGGUCAUCUUCAGAUGGUCCACCAAUUGAUUUGUUACCUGAUUGAUAUUGCUUUCUAACGAUACAAUUAUUUGUGCAAAUCUGUUUCAAAGUUUUUACACAGAUACUAGAUCAGAUCUUCAUACUGGGAUUAAAAUUUAUUUGGUAUAUCCCCACUAAACUGUCUUUAAAUCUUCUUCAAAUAAACUUUUCAAAAUUUCAUUCAAUGAAGGCUUUGUAUAUAGUAUAUUUACUUCAUUUUGGUUUUGUUUCGAUGCAUUCUCCAAUUUGCUGCUUAAUAGACUAUAUAUAUAACUGCACUGUGAUGGAGAAGUCAAAAAUACAAUUGUUACUUUAUACCCACGACAGCAUGGACCACUAGUAGGCUACAAAUUGCUUAUUGGUGGGAUUUUUGCCAAAAAAUGUUUUUAUAAACUGAAUUUUAUUUCUAAAUUGAAUAAUUUGUUUUGUUUCGAUUUUGUGAUUAUACACUGUAUGUAUAUAACUAUAUUAUAAUACUAGUGUUG